UUGGGCUAUUGAAUCAGUUGUGAACUGAGAACAUUGCAUAUCGACACGUCGCGUCGAGGCGUCAAGAAAAAUAAAGUCCGAUAAGUCCCCAGAUGCGAACUGAUGAUCGCCAAAUGGACCCAGUAUAAAACUUACCGCGUCUGCGAGCAUACCAGACAGUUAAUUAGUGAGUGAAUGACUGAGAAGAUGCUCGAAGUGUGCAGAGGACUCAAACAACUGUUGAUCUGGAGUCAAGUGUUGAGCCUGGCAGCAGCGUCUGCGCAUCCUGUCUGGCAAUACAAUGAUCCGCAAUUAGCGACUGCACAGUACGCCAAAAUAAUUGCCAGGAUCAGUGAGAAAAAUGGCAAGAAUACCAGUCGGGACCAACUAGAUCCCGUUCAGUUUCAAUAUGUCGACUAUCAGCCGAAAUGCAAAACGGGCGGCGAACCUGUCUGUGCAACAAACGGAAGCCACCACUUUCACUUUGAGAACAAGUGCAAAUUGGAGGCGGCAAACAUGAAAAUGCUCUUUCAACACGGAACUGAGCUAGAGCAAACCGAACUGGAGCGAUGUCUAUCGGAAUGUGAAAACAUUCGCUGCAAUAAUGUUUAUGCGCCUGUCUGUGCGACGACCGAGCAAACACCCAAUCAGGGUCAAGGUGUGAGCUUUGCGAAUGAAUGCGAGGUCCAACGACGAGGUUGCAUUACCAAGCAAACAAUGCGCAUCCUGAACAAAGGACCCUGCCAGCAGAAGUCAAAGUCACGGGGCAAGGCUAGACGUAAGCAUACCAAACCUCGUCGCUUCAAAAUCAGUAGCAAAUCAGCACCUGCAACGCCCAGCAACAACAACAAGCAGAUAUUCUUUAUGGUGCCCACAGAGCCCAGCAGCACUAUCACAAAAGCAAUCGGAACAACAACUACUACAACUACAACCACACCGUUUCCCAUGCAAUUCCAUCAUUUUAGAAGUCCUGGUAACCCCGAUGUGUCCGUGUCGCGUGCUGUGAAUGCCUACAGCGUCUAUAAUAUACCCGAUGUCAGUCUCAAUUAUGCCGCCAUAAUAGACUCGAGUCUGGCGAUGUAUUUGCCGGGUAUCGGUACUGUCACCGAUACGCCACCAAGCACCACAACAACUACAACAACAACCACAACACCGCGACCAACAACAGCCGUACCGCCUACCACCACACAGGAGAAUCAAGUGAAAUUCUAUAUAAUGUCAUUCGGCACUACGUCCACAACCACAAAGAGAUCAAUCGAUAGCAUCGAUUUGAAGAGUGCAGAGAACUCCACCAGAAGUACCGCAACUAAGCAAAUUGGUACCAUCGCUGGCACUACCGUUGCCACCACAGUUGGCACCACAGUUGCCACCACAGUUGGUACCACAUUGAGACCGCCUCAAGCGAUGCCCAAUGCAACCGCCUCGGAAACGGACACUGAAAUUAAACCAAACCUAAAAUCAGAUUUUCUCAAGAAAUAGCAUUAUCCAUAAAAUUUGAAAGUUUAUCAUUACAGAAAAAAAAACA